CUCCUCAUCCUGGGCCGACGUUGCGCGGCGCUCGGCGGCAGCAAGAUGGCGGCCCAACAGCAGUCUUUGGAGGGCGUUACGCAGCUGGCGGGGCCUGCGGCGGAGGCCGAUCCCCUAGCCCGCUUCACGUGUCCCGUGUGCCUAGAGGUGUACGAGAAGCCGGUGCAGGUGCCCUGCGGACACGUCUUUUGCUCUGCAUGCCUGCAGGAAUGUCUGAAGCCGAAGAAACCUGUCUGUGGGGUGUGUCGCAGCGCUCUGGCACCUGGCGUCCGAGCUGUGGAGCUCGAGCGGCAGAUCGAGAGCACAGAGACUUCUUGCCAUGGCUGCCGUAAGAACUUCUUACUGUCUAAGAUCCGGGCCCAUGUGGGUACCUGCUCCAAAUACCAGAAUUAUAUCAUGGAAGGUGUGAAGGCCACCACAAAGGAUGCAUCUCUUCAGCCAAGGAAUGUCCCAAACCGUUACACCUUUCCUUGUCCUUACUGUCCUGAGAAGAACUUCGAUCAGGAAGGACUUGUGGAACACUGCAAAUUAUCUCAUAGCACGGACACCAAAUCUGUGGUUUGUCCGAUCUGUGCCUCAAUGCCCUGGGGAGACCCCAACUAUCGCAGCGCCAACUUCAUAGAGCACAUCCAACGCCGCCACCAGUUUUCCUACGACACUUUUGUGGAUUACGACGUCGAUGAAGAGGACAUGAUGAACCAGGUGUUGCAGCGCUCCAUCAUCGACCAGUGAGCAGCGUCCUUCUGUCCGUCUCGUGCUGUAGAGCUUCCAUUAUAUGUUAAAGUGUGAAACCUUUGACUCCUGCACCUUUACUGUACAACAGACCUGGAAUUGAGCCAUGGCAUUGGGACAGAGUCACUUCUGACAGGGGCAGUGGGUCUCCAGGUUGGAGCCCUCUUGUCCAUUGGGCUCUUGCCAAAGCUGUCUUUCCCACAAUUUACCUUGUUUGUUACACGAUCCAGUCUUAUUGGCCCUCAGCUACUUCCAGGACCUCUACUUCCUGUUCUGGAAGGGAAUCCAGCUUCUCCACAUCCCCAUGUUCUUGUUUCACAGCCUUUCUCCCAUGCAGAGUUCAUCUCUCAGGUCGUCUGAGCCAGCCGGGACCUUUUCCACAUCACGAAUAGCACAAUGAAGCAAGCGGCGCCUUUCCCUGUCCCGGGCUAUGCAAACUCUGCCACAGCACAUCUGUGCUGCCAAGCUGCUUGUCAGGUCCUUACCAGCAGCUGCACCCUGGGGAGCAUUUUAAGCGCCCUCUUGGGGUGAACGUUCUAGCUUUCACAUGAUCUGAUACUGGAGAUUUUAUUAGUGGGGAUAUUUUCCUAUACUCCUGCAUAUCCUUAGAAUGAACUGGUGGUUCAUCUUAAAUGCCUGCAUGGUGCCUUUUUAGAGGAAGGUAUAACCGUAUGUUUUUAGUGAAGUGUUUCUAGGUUAGGAAAGUUAAGAUGCAUUUGUUCAUAAGUGGAAAGAAGGUCAGCUGAGAGAGGUAGGGGAGUCAUGGCUUUUCAUUCUGAUUUUCAACUAAAGAUGCAUUUGCAGUUGGCUGAGUCUUGUUUACCUGUGUUUGGGAGCUUGCAUACAUCCUUGUCCUAGAGCAUGAGAAGAAGUCUUCAGAUGAGUAAGGAGGUUUUGAGGGUUUAUCUUCUACUUAAUAACUUAGGUGAGCAUUAUUUUCCUAUCACACAUGCUUUCCUUAUAACACUGGUUUCCACGUGUAAAUCUGUUUUAAACCCUGCUUUUCAGCGCCAAGAGAGGCUGUUCACUAUGUCUUUUCUGACAAGCCCCACUGUGGAAGGUAGCAUCUCCGAUGAACAGUUAAUAAUAAAAGCUGUCUACUAAAAACUUGCUUUGGUAGCAGCUUAAGAGGCUUGAACAUAUUUCACAAAUGUUAGUAAAUAGAAGGUUGAGAGCUGUCAGCCUGAAGGCGCAUGGGAUUGAAGUUCGGUCUCAUGUCACAUUUCUAGCCUGAAUGUGGCGGUGUUUUCUGACCCACGGUUGGGGCCUGUGCAGCAGUUCUGGGCCCUCCCUGCCCACGGGAACGGAACUGGCCGCAGAUGCCUGUAACCAGCAAAGACGGGGCCAUUUGGGGCAGUCCAGUUUGUCUGACAUGUUUACUACUUGAGAGCGUUGUAAGGUCAGCUUCUCACUGUCAUUUCUGGGGAAGUUGGCUCUGCCCUCCCUGAGUUGAGAUCACCUCAGUAGAAGUGCGGAGGGAAGUUUGACAAGAUGAGUUGGAGGGAGGUGAGAAGAGCACAUCCAUCUUCCUGGCAGAACCAAGAGACUGACUUGCUUGUUUUAAGUGCACUUCACGUAUUUCUAAAAUGAUGACUUUCCAGAAAGUGAAAUUUGUUAUGUUCUGGCUUUUGAGAGGUGAAAUACAAAUAAAUUUCAUAAUGUAUCCAACUGGU